GUCGGCCAGGGCGCGGCGGAGGAAGGCGGGGCAUGAAGGCAGACGCCUGAAGGAGACUUGCCGGCCUUCGUUGUAGCGGCCGCAGCGCCCCUGAGGGCUUGAACCCGGGACGCGGGUGCCGGGUUUCAGCGGCGACCACUCAGCAACCCAUGCGCAAGAUGCUGGCCGCGCUCUCUCGCCUGCUGCAAGGCCCGGCUGCUCACAGACCGGGAGCUGUUAGUGAGGUUGCCCGUGUAGUUGUUGCAUCUCGUAAUUAUGCAGAUUUUGCAAGUGAGGCUUCAUUUGAAAUUAAGAAACAUGAUCUCCAUCGCUUGGAGGAAGGACCGCCCACCACAGCUGUUAUGACUCGAGAGCAGGGUCUGCAAUAUUACAAAACUAUGCAGACUAUUCGACGCAUGGAAUUGAAAGCAGACCAGUUGUAUAAACAGAAGAUUAUUCGAGGCUUUUGUCAUUUAUAUGAUGGUCAGGAAGCUUGCUGUGUUGGAAUUGAGGCUGGCAUAAAUCUAACAGAUCACCUGAUUACUGCCUACCGGGCUCAUGGCUUUACAUACACUCGUGGUGCUUCAGUUCGAGAAAUCCUUGCUGAACUCACAGGUCGGGUAGGUGGGUGCGCUAAAGGCAAAGGAGGCUCAAUGCAUAUGUAUGCCAAAAACUUCUAUGGUGGUAACGGUAUUGUUGGAGCCCAGGUUCCUUUAGGAGCUGGCAUUGCUUUAGCAUGCAAGUACUUUGGCAAAGAUGAGAUUUGCCUGACAUUGUAUGGUGAUGGUGCUGCCAAUCAGGGCCAGAUUUUUGAAACGUAUAACAUGGCAGCCUUGUGGAAGUUGCCAUGUAUUUUUAUCUGCGAGAACAACAGAUAUGGAAUGGGUACUUCCGUAGAGAGAGCUGCAGCCAGUACAGACUACUAUAAGAGAGGAGACUAUAUUCCCGGGAUUAGGGUUGAUGGCAUGGAUGUUCUUGCUGUAAGGGAAGCAACAAAAUUUGCUGCUGACCACUGCAGAGCAGGAAAAGGUCCUAUUGUGAUGGAGCUACAGACAUAUCGUUAUCAUGGACAUAGCAUGAGUGAUCCUGGAGUCAGUUACCGAACAAGGGAAGAAAUUCAAGAAGUGAGAAGCAAAAGUGAUCCCAUUACACUUCUGAAGGACAGAAUGGUGAACAACAACUUGGCUAGUGUGGAAGAGCUAAAGGAAAUAGAUGUGGAAGUAAGGAAAGAGAUUGAAGACGCAGCACAGUUUGCCACAAAUGAUCCUGAACCACCUCUGGAAGAACUAGGCAAUUAUAUCUACUAUAAGGAGCCACCCUUUGAGGUGCGUGGCCCAAAUCAGUGGAUUAGAUAUAAAUCUGUGGGCUAAGUGAAUUGUCACUCCAGCAACCAGUUAAAUUAAUGCAUUUUAUACUGGGCUUUAAUUCUUUUAUCUGCUCUAAGAAAUAAGAGCAAAACUAUUUCUCAUGUAUAUGGGGAAAAUUCAUUUGGCAGCAAAUAGCCAUUGUAUGAGACACAGCAUUAUAUAGUGUGGAAUUCUAAAAAACAGCUGCUCAGAAAAGGUCAAUAAGCAUUGUUUAUUAAUUUAUAUAUAAGCUUCAUUGUGUUCUGGAUUGCUGUAUUUAUGAAAGUUAUUUAGCUGAAACCUCUUACGUACAGUAAAAAAAAGGCAUAUUAAAACUUCCUGAGCAGGUAUUUCCCAUGA